CAGGGGCCUGGGAAAGCCCAAAGGCAAAGCGGCAGUGGGCAAGGUGCCUAAUGGUGUCCUGUGCCUGCAAGUUGGCAGAGGGUGAGGCCAAAACAGGGAGGGACGAGGUGGGGCUCCUCUCGACCCUUUCCUGGGGCUCCUCCCUCACCCUGCUGCUUCCCAUCACUAACUCGUCCAGGCAUGUGAGAGGCCGCCUCCCCAGGAAACAGGAUAAACUGAAGGGGUGCAGAUAAGUUUCCCCGGUUGAGUGGGUGAGUAGGGACACUGCCGGAUCCCGCUCCUGGGUCCUGCUUCUGUGCUCAUCCCCCGCUACCCCCACACACACACACACAACCCCAUCACUCUGGUCCCAGUCCUCCCACCCUGCAGCUCUUAUGCUGUCUGGCCACCCUUGCCUACAUUCAGCAGAGAAGGCAACCCAACUCCUCAUUCCCCCAGCUGCUCUAUCUUUGCCUAUUUUCAGACUCCUGACCCUGCUGAGCCCCCCUUUUCCUCAGCUUCCUACCUACCCCUCUCACCUCUUGCCUUGAACCCUGCCCCAGUCAUUCUGCCCUCAUGGCUUUCAGUGGGCUGUCAAUGACAGCUUUCAGUGUAAAGCAUGGGGCUGAGUUCCGAGGGGAAUGGGAGAUGCAUGUGAGGGGCUUAUAGCCUGGUUGAGGAGCCCUAACACACAACCAUGAAGAGGCCACACUAUACAAGGCAAGAAAAAAGGAAAGGGUGCCGUGUAGAGACAUACUGAAAAGAAGCCCUCUCUGGGUGGAGAGGCUGGGCAAAGCUUGGAAAUGAAGAAAUUUGGUAGAUUGAUAAAAUUGAGGGGAGAGAGGAAAAAGGCUUCUGCCCAGUCAACAGCCAGAAGGGGGUUCCUUGGGAGCCAGAACACCAGUAUUGUCUCAGUUUGGGUUCCCUCCAAAGCAGAGCCUGAGUCGAGGGCAUGGGUACAGGUAAUCCUGUAUUUGGGAGGUCAGCUCAGGAAGCAGGAGUGAGGGAGCAGGGAAAGAGAGGGAAGAGGAAAGCCAACACGAGUGUGUUGUUGAGUUCCUUCAGUGGGCAUCGGGAGCCUCUGAGUGUGCAGAAUGCCUUCCAGAAAGACAGAAGACGGGCGUUGAUGCAGAAACUUAUGCUCAUGUGAGAGAUUCACUGACAGUGAGAGUCUGCACUUCCACACAAUUGUUCAUCACAACUGCAGCUGAAAUCAGAGGUGGGACACGGGGCACCGAAAGCUGAAGUCCUGAUGCCAUCAAAGGAUGCAUCCCCUCUUCCCCCAUCCACAUCUCUCUCUCUUCAUGCCUAUUAAGUGGCCAAAGAGAAAGGCGCGAGAGUGACUAAUCCAGUGCAGCUGAAGCAGGCAGUUCUGGAGAAUAAAGCCAGAGAAAUGUUGAGCCAGCCCCUCCCCUAGUCCACAGAGGGGAGAGCAGGAGAGCAGGAAGACCAGGGUCCCAGACAGGAUCCUGGUGAUCCUGGAUCCAUGGAUCAGGACCCAUCCUCCUCUCACACCCGACCCAGGCGCGGUGCCUGGAGGUGUCCUAUUUUCUCCAAGCCCUGCCCAUCCUCAGCACCGCCUCCCUGUUCCUAAAACUGCAGUUCAUGGCUUUUUCAGUAGGUGGCAGCACAUAGAGAGCAAAUCACACAAUGCAGCCUCACAUAGACUGGGAGCCAGAAAUUGGCCUUAGAGAUUCCCUCCAUAUAAAGAAAAACUCCAGAGAUAACAUUCCAUCCAGUUACAUAGUUCCCAUUUAGCCUCACAUCACAGCCACCACCAGAGACACACACACACUUCCGUGGCUUUUGCUGGGCAUCUCUGGGCCUUGAUUCUUUCCCCACGACCCCACCUAGGCCCCUCCCUCCUCCCUCCCCUUGGACUUUGCCCUUCUUACUGGCCAGGCAGGGGGGCCAGAGUCCAGGCUUGACUCAUCCCUCACCUCACUGGGACGGAGAUCCCAGCUCCGUAACAGAAAACACCACCGCUUCAGCUCCAACCCAGCAGAGAACCACCCAGCCCAGAACUCCCAGAGAGGCAACUCUCCUGCUCCUUCCCUUCACCAUGGAGUACUUCUCUGCCCUGAACCCCAGCGGCCUGCUCAGGUCCGUAUCCAACAUGAGCUCCGAUCUGGGCCGUAGGGUCUGGACCUCGGCUCCACCACCCCAGCGACCUUUCCGCGUCUGUGAUCACAAGCGGACCACCCGGAAGGGCCUGACGGCCGCCACCCGCCAAGAACUGCUAGACAAGGCAUUGGAGACUCUGAUGCUGAGUGGAGUGCUAACGCUGGUGCUGGAGGAGGAUGGGACCACAGUGGAGAGUGAGGACUUCUUCCAGUUGCUGGAGGAUGACACAUGCCUGAUGGUGCUGGAGUUGGGACAGAGCUGGAGCCCCAGCAGGAGUGGGGUGCUGUCAUAUGGCCUGGGUCGGGAGAAGCCCAAGCACAGCAAGGACAUCGCCCGCAUCACCUUCGACGUAUACAAGCGAAACCCUCGAGACCUCUUUGGCAGCCUGAACAUCAAAGCCACGUUCUACGGGCUCUACUCCAUGAGCUGUGACAUUCAAGGACUUGGCCCAAAGAAAAUACUCAGGGAGCUGCUCCGAUGGGCCUCCGCACUGCUGCAAGGCCUGGGCCACAUGCUGCUAGGAAUCUCCUCCACCCUUCGUCAUGCAGUGGAAGGGACGGAGCGGUGGCAGCGGCAGGGUCGCCUCCGCGCCUACUGAGAAGGGGCUCUGAGCUUCUGCCCCUAGACUCAUUCCAAGGGAUAAGCUGUAAGGACUGUGACGGCGUCAAGUUGGGGGCCUACACACCGUGCAGACUCGCUAACUCACCUGAUUUCCCCACUGUCUUCUGACCCUAUAGUGACAGGCCCAUCAGCCUAACGCCUUCUACCCCGGCCUAUACCCAUUCCUGAAGAAUUCUAUCCACUCUUAGCCAUCUUUUCAGCCUUCCACUCACCCUGAAAGGCCACAGCCUGUCCGCAGGCAUCUGGAUCCCACCCUGAUUGCUGCUACAUCUAGAAGUCCUCACCACUCUCAUCCCCGCCUUUCCUAAGCGCCCCAGUGCCCUAAAGAGAGUCCUCUCUAACUUUACCUUGAGAUUUCUAUUUUUCUGUACGCUUCCCCCUGAAAAUAACAAAGGUGUUUCCAAUAAAAAUAUAAAAAUGUUUA